GCGCACUCAACUCCCAACAACAACACACUAAACACAAUCGAAUUGAAUGUCUAUGCGCUGCUUCGCAUUCUCCACAACAAGUGUUCCAACCACUUUCUCUCUCCUCAAACACCUCACUUCUUCUUCCAUUUCCAAACCUCCUCUUCUCCUUCUCCAUUGCUCUCUCUCAACAUCCAUGUCUUCCCGCCCUAACUUCCAAGGCGGCCGUCGAGGCGGCGGCGGCAGAAAUCGCGGCGGAGCCGGCAAUCGUGGCGGCGGCGGUAGAGGCGGCGGCGGACGGGGAGGCGGUGGCGGAGAGCAGCGAUGGUGGGACCCUGUUUGGCGAGCUCAGAAGCUUGCGCAGAAAGCAGCUGAGUAUGAAGUGUUGGAUGAGAAUGAGUGGUGGAAUAAGAUGGAAGGAUUUCAGAAAGGAGGAGAGCAGGAGUUGAUAAUUAAGCGUCUUUUUAGGCGGGAAGAUCAACAACUUCUCUCUGAUAUGGCGCAACAGCUUGGUCUUUACUUCCAUGCAUAUAAUAAAGGAAAGACACUUGUUGCGAGCAAAGUCCCUUUACCAAAUUAUCGUGCAGAUCUAGAUGAACGUCAUGGAUCAACGCAGAAGGAGAUACGGAUGUCUACAGACAUUGAGAGGCGGGUUGGAUCAUUAUUGGAUACCUCUAAAGGUGAAAGUUCUAGAAAUUCCACUGGUGCAUCUUCUCAAACUUCUAAGAAUUCACCGUCAGCAAAAAGCUUUGUGAAACCAGUCUCCGUGUUAGAGAGUAAUGUUGAUAAGGAUAAAAUCAGUGCUGAACUCAAGCAGCAGGAAGAGAAGUUGAAGGCAAGUGCAAAUGUGCAAGCCAUGCAAUCAUUCAGAGCAAAGCUCCCUGCUUUCAAUGUGAGAACUGAAUUUCUAAAAGCUGUUGCUAAAAGUCAGGUCCUAGUUGUGUCAGGGGAGACUGGCUGUGGUAAAACAACCCAGCUCCCACAGUUCAUUUUAGAAGAGGAGUUUUCAUUGCUGCGUGGUGCUGAUUGCAGCAUAAUAUGUACACAACCACGUCGUAUAUCAGCUAUAUCUGUUGCUGCUCGUAUAUCAUCUGAAAGAGGAGAGAAUCUUGGUGAAACUGUUGGCUAUCAAAUACGUCUGGAGACAAAACGUUCUGCACGGACAUGGUUAUUGUUCUGCACAACAGGAGUUUUACUCAGACAAUUGGUUCAGGAUCCAAAUUUAACUGGUGUGAGCCAUCUGCUAGUGGAUGAAAUUCAUGAAAGAGGAAUGUAUGAGGACUUCCUUCUUAUAGUAUUAAAGGAUCUUCUUCCUCGCCGUCCAGAUUUACGACUUAUUCUUAUGAGUGCUACUAUUAAUGCUGACUUAUUUUCCCAUUAUUUUGGGAAUGCCCCUACUAUUCAUAUUCCGGGACUGACUUUUCCAGUUGAAGAGUUCUUUUUGGAAGAUGUUUUAGAGAAAACCCGGUAUCGUAUCAAACAAGAAUCUGAUAAUUUCCAGGGCAAUUCAAGGCGGCGAGUUAAACAAUUGGAUUCUAAAAAAGAUCCUGUAACUGAAUUAUUUGAGGAUGUUGACAUUGAUUCACAUUACCGGAGUUACACCAUCAAUACAAGAAAGUCUCUUGAAGCCUGGUCUAGUGUGCAGCUUGAUCUGAGUCUUGUCGAAUCAACAAUUGAGCAUAUAUGUCGGCAUGAGGAUGAAGGGGCAAUACUUGUAUUUCUCACUGGCUGGGAUGAAAUUUCCAAGUUACUUGACAGCAUUAAGGCGAACAAUUUUCUUGGAGACACAAGGAAGUUUCUUGUUCUCCCUUUACAUGGUUCAAUGCCAACUGUUAAUCAACGUGAAAUUUUUGAUAAACCACCUGCAAAUACAAGGAAAAUUGUUCUUGCUACAAAUAUUGCAGAGAGUAGCAUUACUAUUGAUGAUGUAGUUUAUGUUGUCGACUGCGGAAAGGCAAAGGAGACUAGUUAUGAUGCUUUGAACAAGCUAGCUUGCUUGUUGCCAUCAUGGAUCUCAAAAGCGUCAGCACAUCAGAGACGAGGUCGUGCUGGUCGAGUGCAGCCUGGAGUUUGUUAUAGGCUGUAUCCAAAACUAGUUUACGAUGCAAUGCCUCAAUAUCAGUUACCAGAAAUUCUUCGGACACCUUUGCAAGAACUUUGUUUAAACAUAAAGAGUUUGCAACUUGGAACUGUUGGGUCAUUCUUAGCAAAAGCACUUCAGCCACCAGAUUCUCUCUCUGUUGAAAAUGCUAUUGAACUUCUGAAGACAAUUGGAGCUUUAGAUGAAAGGGAAGAGCUUACUCCUCUUGGCCGACAUCUCUGCACUCUGCCUUUGGAACCAAAUAUUGGGAAGAUGCUGCUCAUGGGAUCGGUAUUUCAAUGCCUGAAUCCGGCUUUGACAAUUGCUGCUGCUCUUGCUUAUCGUAAUCCAUUUGUCUUGCCAAUUAAUAGGAAGGAGGAAGCUGAUGCUGCAAAGAGAUCUUUUGCUGGCGAUUCUUGUAGUGACCAUAUAGCACUUUUAAAAGCAUUUGAAGGGUGGAAAGAAGCAAAAUGCAGUAGGACAGACAGAUCAUUUUGUUGGGAGAACUUCUUGUCACCAGUAACUCUGCAAAUGAUGGAUGAUAUGCGGAAACAGUUUGUGGAUCUACUUUCAGACAUCGGCUUUGUGGACAAGGCAAAGGGUCCUAAUGCUUAUAACCAGUAUAGUCAUGAUAUGGAGAUGGUCUGCGCUAUCCUCUGUGCUGGGCUUUACCCUAAUGUUGUUCAAUGUAAGAGAAGAGGAAAGAGGACAGCAUUUUAUACUAAAGAAGUUGGGCAAAUUGACAUUCAUCCUGCUUCUGUCAAUGCUGGUGUUCAUCUUUUUCCGUUGCCGUAUAUGGUUUACAGUGAGAAGGUGAAGACAACUAGCAUAUUCAUUCGUGAUUCAACUAAUAUAUCCGAUUAUGCUCUUCUUCUAUUUGGUGGUAGUCUCCUUCCUAGUAAAUCUGGAGAAGGAAUUGAGAUGCUUGGGGGUUACCUUCAUUUUUCGGCUUCAAAAAGUGUUUUAGAAUUAAUGAAGAAAUUGCGAGGGGAGCUUGAUAAACUUUUGAGCAGGAAGAUUGAAGAACCAAGGUUAGACAUCACUGCUGAGGGGAAGGGUGUGGUUGCUGCUGUGGUUGAGUUGCUGCACAGUCAAAACUUCAAAUACUAGAUUUUGUUCAAAUUGUAUGGAGUCAUUCACAUAUCAGUGGUGAGUAUAACUUGAUGAGCAGCUCUACAGACUUACAGUAUGAAGUGUUGGAUGAGAAUGAGUGGUGGAAUAAGAUGGAAGGAUUUCAGAAAGGAGGAGAGCAGGAGUUGAUAUUUAAGCGUCUUUUUAGGCGGGAAGAUCAACAACUUCUCUCUGAUAUGGCGCAACAACUUGGUCUUUACUUGUAAGCAAUUGCAUUUCAAGUUAUUUUAUGGUUUUGGUGGGAAUGUAUUGAAAAUAUUGUAUCAACGUGUUUCUGCUGAUUGUUGUUCUUGUUUGAUAUGCAUUUAUGGCCUUAUGGGCGUGCGUGUGCGUAAGUUGUAUGUUGAUUCUUACGUUGUAUGUUGACGUUUGUUGUGUGUGUGCGUAAGUUAUAUGCUGAAAACACUGUUUUUUUUGCUGC